CCUGUCUACGUGCUGGGAAGACUAUCAAAUGUUAUACUUAUCAGCACAAAUGUAUUGGCCCUGCAUAUCUUACAGGAAGUCCAACUUGGUAAAUUGGACAGAUCUGUGAAAGAAACAGAAUGAAGACUUUUAUUGUGGUUCUUUCACUUUCUCUGUGUCAGUUAGUAUCGUCAAUUACCCGUGCAACAUGCACUUUACCUGGUGCAAUGCAGGGUAAAUGCCAAUGCCAAGGUAAUAUCGUUAAAUGUGAAGAUCUUGACUACAUAGCGACACAGACUGGAGGCAGUAAUUUUCUAAGAUUAGAAGUAAGGAACAGUAACUUAUCAAUUAACGCUUCUUCAUUUGAUAGAUGGGGGCUCACUGAAAUACUUCUUGAAAAUUGUCAGCUUACGGAUUCCAGCUUUCAUUCUGGCGAUUUUAAUGGUUUGGAAAAUAGUUUGCGGUUAUUAAGUUUAAAAGACAAUGAAUUGACUAGACUCCCAAAUUUUCUGUCAAAAUUCACAAACAUAGAAACACUGGACGUUUCUGGAAAUCCAAUUCAUCACUAUAAUUUUAACGAAGAUGUUUUACGUGAUAUAGGAGAUUCAUUAUUAUCAUUUUCUUUUGGAACAAAAAUCGGUGGAACUGAGCUUUCGCAGUGGCCAUUAACGUUGACACAUCUGGUUAAAUUACAAGAGCUUAUUCUUACUGCUGCCGACAUUACAAUCAUGCCAACCAACUCAUUCCAUGGAUUUGAAGGAACAUUGCUUCGAUUGACAUUAGCAAAUACCAAACUUCGAUCAGUACCAUUGGCUAUAUCAAGACUCCGAUAUCUACAAGAUUUACAUUUUGACCACAACCAAAAUGUAGGAGAUUAUGGAGUUCGGAUCCCUCUCAUAAAAGGUUUUCUACCAUUUCUCAAUCAAAUGUCACUCAAAGACGACAAUAUCACCACAUUCCCAGAAGUUCUGCAAAGUUUUGAUCGACUUGAUCAACUAAACAUGGACGAAAACAACUUAAAAUUCGUAAGUGACAAGUCGGCUAAAUCUGUUACCCAAAUUACCAGCCUUAGUCUUCAACAUUCUGGAAUAACUCGAAUUCCGGGAGCAAUUCAAGACAUAACAUAUUUAAACAUUUUAGAUCUGUCAAACAACAGUAUACACGCAAUAGAAACCAAUGACCUAAAGGAGUCUGCUGAGCUUCUGACCCUCAAACUGAAUAAUAAUCCUAUUUUGUACAUUUCUGAUAAAGCGUUCGUUAAUCAAACAAAACUUCGCCGACUUGAACUAAAAGGUAUCGAGAUUAAGCGUGUACCAUGUGCAUUAGAGGCUAUGAUUCGAAGACAUCAACCUGGAUACAUUAUUGUCGAUUUGUCAAACAAUAAAAUUGAAUGCAAUUGCGGACUAAAAUGGCUUUUUGAUGUUAAAAAUGACAGACAUACUCGCACACGAUUCAGGAUUGUAGGAAAUUGUGACACUGUUGAUAAAACAAUCCAGGACUAUUUGGAUACAGACCUAGCGACCUGUCCUGCUGGUAUAAACUGUACCGACGCUUAAAUAUAGAUUCACCCUUCCAUUCCUGUCUCUUGAUGACACAAAUAAUAAAAACAAAACCUAUAGUGACAUAAAAUUGAUUUUAUGAGUAUAUGUUAUUAUAUAUUUAACAAAAUCAUUCGUAUUAAAUGACAAUAUUAACUUG